CGGGCGAUGUCCUCUCUCGUUCACUCUUCGCAGCGGUACACGCGAAGUGUCGCUCGCCGCGGUGAUUCGCAGUUUUCCCUUUCGAUACCAGUUAGUGCCCAUUCGAUCCGGUCGAACGAAACAUGGCGAGCUGCAGACUUUUCGGCGCUCUCGCGCGCGGCGUCCGUUCCAACGCGACUUUCGCGACACGUGCAGGUUUAUAUCAUACAUCAAGAAUGCUAGCAACCGAAGCAAACAGAAAACAUUUCAAAUGCAAACUAGUAAACGACGUAGCGGUUAUCACCAUGGACUCGCCAGGAGUGAAGAUGAACACCUUGCACAAGGAAGUAUUGAAUGAAAUCAAGGAGUUGCUGACGGAAAUCCAAUCGAAUCCACUUGUAAACGCGAUGGUCAUCAUAAGUGGUAAGCCAGACAAUUUCAUCGCUGGCGCGGACAUCAGCAUGUUGGAAAAUCUCACGGAUGCAGAGAGCAGCUAUGAGCUGAUAAGGAUGGGGCAUCGCGUUAUUGACAUGUUGGCGAACAGUAACAAGCCUAUCGUUGCUGCUAUUCAAGGCAGCUGUCUCGGUGGAGGAUUGGAGGUCGCGUUAGCGUGUCAAUACAGGCUGGCCGUUAACAGUAAGAAAACCAGCCUUGGCUUACCCGAGGUGAUGCUCGGCUUACUUCCUGGCGGUGGUGGCACUCAGCGACUGCCUCAGACAGUUUCCCUCCCCACUGCCUUGGACAUGAUGCUCACCGGUAGAAUGAUUAAGGUUGACAGAGCGAAGAAACUUGGAUUGGUGGACAUGGUGGUGAACCGUCUCGGUCCGGGCACUGGAACACCCGAGGAAAACACACAGAGGUACUUGGAAGAGACCGCGGUGAAAGCUGCGCGGGACUUGGCGAAUGGAAAGCUGAAAGCCGACCGUAGCCCGAAGUCUAUUGUAGACAAGAUAACGCAGCAGAUUAUGUCUUUAAAUUUUGUCAAGGACAUGGUAUUCAAGAAAGCGAAAGACCAGGUGAUGAAAGCAACUGGUGGCCUGUAUCCCGCUCCGCUCAAGAUCUUGGAAGUAACGAGGGUCGGCCUGGACAAAGGUCCUGUUGCCGGAUUCGAGGCGGAGGCCAGAGGAUUCAGCCAAUUGUCGGUGACACCGGAGUGUAAAGGCCUCAUCAGCCUGUUCUUCGGCCAAACGGCCUGCAAGAAGAAUCGCUUUGGCUCAGCUACGAAUGCACCCAAAAAAAUCGCCGUGAUUGGUGCGGGCCUGAUGGGCGCGGGAAUCGUGCAAGUCAGCAUCGACAAGGGCUACGACGUUGUUAUGAAGGAUUCCAACGAAAGCGGACUGAAUCGUGGCACGAAUCAAAUUCAGAAAGGCCUGCAAGAUGCUGUGAAACGCAAACGAAUCUCCAAUAUGGACAAAGACAAGUAUCUGUCAAAACUCGAUGCGACGUUGAGCUAUAACUCCUUCAAAGACGUGGACGUGGUGAUCGAGGCAGUGUUCGAGGACAUCAGCAUCAAGCACAAGGUCCUGAAAGAGAUUGAAUCCAUUAUCCCGAGCCACUGCGUCAUCGCUACCAACACGUCCGCAAUUCCCAUUGCGAAGAUUGCUGCUGGCAGUAGUCGUCCUGACAAAGUGAUCGGUAUGCACUAUUUCUCGCCCGUCGACAAGAUGCAACUAUUGGAGAUUAUAACACACAAGGGAACGUCCGAGGAAACCAUCAAAACUGCCGUGGAUGUCGGCCUGAAACAAGGUAAGAUCGUGAUUACGGUCGGCGACGGUCCUGGAUUCUACACCACCAGGAUAGUAUCCACGAUGUUGUCGGAAGCAGUUAGGCUGUUGCAGGAGGGUGUGGAUCCAAUGGAUCUGGACAAAUUGACGAAAAAUUUCGGUUUCCCGGUUGGCGCAGCCACUCUGGCCGACGAAGUCGGUAUCGACGUGGGUACUCACAUCAGCGCCGAUCUUACGAAAACUUUUGGAGAGCGCUUCAGGGGCGGUGACAUAAACGUUCUCACCGAUAUGGUCAAGGCUGGCUUCCUCGGACGCAAGUCGGGCAAGGGUAUAUUUGUGUACGAAGCUGGUGCCAAGCACAGGGAAACAAAUAUCGGUGCCUUAGACAUCUUGAAGAAGUACAAGAUCGAACCCAAAGGCAGCACGUCCGAAGAGGAUCGUCAAUUGAGGAUGGUCUCGCGGUUCGUCAAUGAGGCAGUAUUAUGCUUGGAAGAAAAUAUUCUAGCCAGUCCUUUGGAAGGCAACGUGGGAGCUGUGUUCGGUUUGGGCUUCCCUCCGUUCACGGGCGGACCGUUCCACUGGGUGGACGUUUACGGUGCCCAUCGACUCGUUAAGAAGAUGGAGGAGUUCCGAAGCCACUACGGCGAGACUUACCGGCCGUGUCAAACGUUACUUGAUAUGGCGGCCGACUCUACGCGAAAGUUUCAUUCGAAGUAAAAGUGCCGAUAGGUGCCCGUCGAUGUUUCUACGUUAAUUAAUCCUUUCUCUCAUCCUGAAGCUAUACUCCACUCGCUUCAUAAUCAAAAACUACCGAAAUAGACACGAAGAUUGCUGAUCCCUCUGAAUCCCGUGACUUAACUGGAAAACCCACACCAUGCUCUUCGCGUGUGCGAAUUUUGAGUGUCUCACUUUGAGACUAGCUGAAAGAAUAUCCAUCGUUCUCACUCUAACACUCAGAAAUCGUGAAGGAAUCUUAAACGUUUCUCACGCUUUCUCUCUCUUAGUCAAUUCAUCGUAGGACGGAUUUAUAAACGGAAGUUAGCUCGGUGCUUGAGUACUUUCCGAACUACGUAAGUUAAAAAGUGACGAUAACUUAAUUACCUAUAUUGUUUACUGCUUGAGAAAGUUUCGUAUAACUUGAGAAGCGAUCACUUAAAAAGUUUCAUAUAACCCGGGUAAGAUUUCUAACAGAAUAUUAUAAGGAUGUUCUGUUUUAAGUAAUAUUUCUACUCUAAUAAGCAAGUGUAGAGAGAAGUUUGCUCUUAGUUCUACCGGAGAAAUAUCGCGUUUUGCGAUCGAUGAAAAUAUAUAGAGAAAGUAGCGCUUCUUCAGCUUUCAGCUGCUCUUCUUGGACAACACGGGUUUGCUCACGCGAGUUUAUGCGUCUCCAAAUCAGACAGGAUAAGAGGGGUUACGUGUCACGUUUAAUAUUCGGGGACCGUCGUAACGUAUGUAGUAAACUAUAUAUUUUUGGACUUGGAGUUUUUACACGGCCUGCUCAGCGUGGAAGCAUUGCAGAUAGAGUCGUGCAUUUAUUACUCUCGAGCGUUUUACACGCCGACACAGAUCUUUGAUACUACCGCACGCAUAUACAUAUAGGAUCCUGUUUGUAAAGUAAACGAAGUUAUGUAACGAAUUAUGUAUUUCUAUUUUUGCUAAGUUUAUCGAGAAUAAAGAGUUUCUACAUUUAA